AGGAGCCCAUAAAGGCCCCAUUGUAUGCAAAUAGUUUAUAAAGCAGCAUAUGACUUCCAGUGCAGGGCAGUGGUGGACAGAGACGAGGGCAGGCGGAGCAGAGCUCUGCUGCGGGAGACAUGAGACCUUAGAGGGGCCUUUGGGGGCAGCUCAGCAGGACUCUUCCUCACUGCCAGGCGUGAGGAGCCAUGAACUGGGCCGGCCUCUACGCGGUGCUGAGCGGGGUGAACCGCCACUCCACCGCCAUCGGGCGCAUCUGGCUCUCCGUCAUCUUCAUCUUCAGGAUCAUGGUGCUGGUGGUGGCAGCCGAGAGCGUCUGGGGGGACGAGAAGUCCGCCUUCACCUGCAACACGCAGCAGCCGGGCUGCAACAGCGUCUGCUACGACCACUUCUUCCCCAUCUCGCACAUCCGCCUGUGGGCCCUGCAGCUCAUCCUGGUCACCACGCCGGCCCUGCUGGUGGCCAUGCACGUGGCCUACCAGCAGCAUCAGGAGAAGAAGCUGCUGAUGAUGACGGGCCACGCGGACACCAAGCACCUGGAGGAGGUGAAGAAGCACAAGAUGCGCAUCGCGGGAUCGCUGUGGUGGACGUACGUCUGCAGCGUGGUCUUCAGGCUGCUCUUCGAGGCCGUCUUCAUGUACCUCUUCUACAUGAUCUACCCCGGCUACCAGAUGGUGCGGCUGGUCAAGUGCGAGGCUUAUCCCUGCCCCAACACCGUGGAUUGCUUCGUCUCGCGGCCCACCGAGAAGACCAUCUUCACCGUCUUCAUGCUGGUCACCUCCAGCGUCUGCAUCGUGCUCAACAUGGCCGAGUUGGUCUACUUGGUGGUGCGGGCUUGUGCACGCCGCAGCCGACACAACUCCAACCCUUCCUCGGGGAAAAGCUCUUUCUACGGCCACAAGCUUUCCUCUGAGUACAAGCAGAACGAGAUCAACCAGCUGCUGACGGAGCAGGACGGAUCCCUCAAGGACAUGCUGCGCCGCAACCCCAGCCUGCAGGAGAAGGGCGACCGCUGCUCUGCGUGUUGAGCCCCACGCCUCCCCACAGCCCCGGGGAGGGUGCACACUGCCCUCAUAUUGUGUGUUGCACGCCCGGUGCCGGCCCUCCUGGACAGUGGGGAUGGGGAGGGCAGGGCAGCCGCUGUGUGCUCGGGCCAUUAAAUGUCCAUUCUCA